AUGGACUCCGACACCGGUAGCGAACAACUACAACAAGGCAGAAGAUUUGUUCAGAAGCUGGCAAAUUCCUUAAGGAGUCUCUUAUAUCUCCCCUUGAGAUACUAUGAUGACUCCGUCGCCGAACACUAUGAGCAAGAACGACAGUUCGCAACCGACCGGUCAGCCAUCCCCCGAUGCACACUAAACUGUGUCUAUUAUCAAUUUUUGGACCACAACUGCGCAUACUCAGAUUAUGCAUGUAUCUGCAUGCAGCUUACAUCAAUCCGUACAGAGCUGGAGCUCGAAUCCUGUGCUAAAGCCUGCCCGCAUAAUCAGGACCAACAAUGGACACCGGCGCAAAUUCUCGAUUUAUGCGAUCAGAUAGACACAAAGCCAGUUCUCCUGGAUGAUAUGGCAAUUCAUGCAGUGCUUCAUAGAAGGCAAACCAUAGAAACAUCUAUAAUCACGAUCAUCGGAACUGAGACGGGGCCGAUAACUGCCGUCGUAACGCAGACCUCAACCGGGUCUGACCCGCAGGACACGACGAUAACGACUACGAGUGAUGCUGCCGAGACGUCUCAUAUCAGCACAUAUAGGGAGGCACCAACAAUAACGACAGUCGAAACACAACCGGCCACACCAAGAACAACAGCGAUAACGUCAGAAAUGACCGGAGCACAGGAUACGUCGUCUGGCCUUUCGACGGGCGCUAAAGUUGGAAUUGGCGUCGCAGUGCCUUUGAUUGUGAUUCUGUUCGUUGCCUUGCUAUGGUUCCUGCGCUGGCGAAGGAUGAGGAACAAGCCUCUUGCGCGUGAGUCUGAAGUUGCAGAGUACCAGCGUUCCGUGGGACCAAUACUAGGGCGCCAUAGUGUAAAGGAGGGCAUGCCGUCGGAAAUUGAUGGAAAUCCCAUACAUGAAUCGGGGGGUCGUGCUAUUGAGCAUCCUCUAGGACCGGUCUAUGAGUUAAGCGGACAACCUAUUGGUUCACCGCACAGAUUGGCGGUGUUACCAUUGUCUGAGGGGACAGGAAGGUCGGUACAAAAUAUUAGGGAGGUUGGGCCGGGGCCUGUGGGGAGUUUGCAGGGACAGCCUUCUGGGGAUGGUGAUGUCCAGGAUCAUGAUCUGGCAGACAUACGCCCGUCAUCUGGCCCUGAAGAAAGCGGUGAUAGAGAACCAGCUACUCAAUAUGAGAACAUGGAUAUUGAGAGCUUAGAGGACGAGAUUGUGAGGGUCAGAAAGAGAAAAGAAAGAAUACAGUAUCUUCAGUCACUGGAGGAACAAGAGGAGUCAUUGAAGCAAGCUAUUGCGAGGAAGAAAGGAAUGCGUGUGUAA